UUAUUUUAUUAGGUCGGCUAUUACAACAAGUCCCGCAGAAGUCUUCGCUUGCAACUUGGCUUACCUAAUUGAAUUUAAUAACUCCACAAACUACUGUGUAAUUGGACUGCCGUUUAGAGUGCAGAAAUACAGCAGUUAACUUGUGCAAAACACAGACAAACAUAUUUACCUUAUAGGUAGAUAGAUGUUUUGAUUAGGAAAGCUAUAAUUGGCAAAGUAUAUAGUCAGAUUUCAAACAAUUGUUGCUUGUUUUUGUUUAUCAAAUUACAAAAAUAAGAAAAAAAGAAGAGAGGAAAACAUUCGAAAAUAGAUGGAAGCCCUGGCACGUUAAACAGCUGUUAAUCACUAGUUGUUUCCUUUAAAGAAAGGAAUUCCAAAAUUCACUUUUAAUGUAGCUUAAAAAAGCAAGCAAUUUUAAAUUAUUGUGGAAAAUGGAUGGUGAUGAUUCAGCAGAAAUCGAUGUUAAUGAAGAAGGCGCAGAUGCAGGUGAAAACGCUGCUGAUGUAGCGGACAUGGCGAUGGAGCAGCAGGACGGUGCAGCUGCAAAUGCAGAGGUCGUGGAAGCCGAGGCAUAUGCAGAAGCUCCAAUUCGUGAAAUAGCCGCUGUAGCUGCAGCCCACGAAAAUAACCGCGUACGGCUGGAAAACAUGAUUGAAGAGGUGGACACUAUGUUUGAGGAGGUAAAUGAGUUGAUGGUCGAUGUGGCAGAACUGAUGCGCCACGCCAGUGAGCUAACAGAGGCCAUGGGCAAUGAUGACCCGACUGUAGCAAGUUUAGAAAUGGCUGAAGCUGCUCCGGCCAGUAGUGAUAUUGAUAAUUUGGCAGCCGAUCAGCAGCCUGAUCGGGAUAUCGUGGAUGAAGAUGCCCAUUUAAGUGACCAUGAUGCUAGCCCCAGUGGUUCUGAGAGCAGUGACAUUUCGGUGGACAGUCCAGAGAGCGAGGAUGACUCGGACGGAGAAGCGUUUCCACGCUGGACGAUACCACAAAAUCGCAUGCGAAGGGCCGUUGAUAUGCUUGUGUCACAGGCGCGCAGCAGCGAUGGUGGCAUAGCCGGUUUGCUAAAUCGUGACAAUUUUUUGCAACGCGUCCGAAGUAUGGUUUUCAGUCAGGAGCGGCGCAGUAGAGCCAGCGAUGAGGCAAGCGUUGAUGUUGGCGAUGGUGGUGGACCGAAUACAAACGAUGUGGCGCCAGCGGGGCUGCCCCCUCUACCACCACCUCCACCGCCGAUCGACAUUGACAUGGAGUUUGACACAAAUCUGCCUGCAGAGCAUUCUUAUUUUGGAACUAAUCUUAAUCGUGUUCCGGGAGUCGACUACCUUGAGGUUGGCAGCACGCAUCGUAUGCUGAUUUUCCUGCACCAGCACAUUCUCUUUCCCGGUGAAGUAUUGCCCUUCAUGAUUGACGGCAGCAUCAUAGACGAUGAGAUACAGGACAGUGGUCGGGAUGGCGUGAUCUUUGGCGUAGGCUUUCCACUAAUGCAGCCGCCCGACGACAACCCGCACAAGCUAUAUGGGGUUACUUGUCAAAUCUACGAGAAGGGCGAGGGCGGUCGCCAAAUGGUGUUCUACAAGUCGCGAGCUCUACAGCGCAUUGUCAUCAACUGUGACGAUAUACAAGGAACCUCUUACAGACCGCCACAAUACAUUGCUCGCAAUCCGACCACCAAGUGCUACAGCAAGGUAAAAAUACUGCCCGAGUACUUUCUGCCUGAGCCUCUAAAGUGCAUAGAUAUGGGCUCAAUGAAUCGUUUUCGCGAUAUACCAUCCAUGCGUGAUAAGUUUCGGCGCUAUCAGAUGGCAAGCACACCCUGGCCCAUGGAAGCAUGUGAGGAGUACUCAUUUGAAGACAUCGUCGAGAAGGCGCGCAAAAAGCUGGAGCAGCACAAGAUUGACACAAUGCCAAAAUGUCCGAUACAGUUGUCCUUUUGGCUGGUGCGAAAUUUGCACCUGACUGAAAAGAUGAUGCGGCUCACAUUUCUCACGGACUCGGUUAACACCCGUCUAAAGCUUAUUGGAGGUACCCUCAAAGAAGAGUCGCUGUUCUAUUGUCGCUACUGCAACAGUAGCCUAGCCUACUGCUCCGAUCUGUUUGCCAUGUCCAAGCAUGGCGUGCAGACUCAAUACUGUAAUUCAGCUGGCUACAUACACGAAACAAAUACGGUUUAUCGGGUCAUGGCACAUGCCAUUGGAUAUAGCGGCGAACCAUCCACCGAGUUCAGUUGGUUUCCUGGCUACCAGUGGCACAUCAUCUUGUGCAAGUUUUGCGCCCAGCACGUUGGUUGGGAAUUCAAAGCGGUUGAGCCGAAUCUGGCACCAAAGGUGUUUUUUGGGCUGGCUGGCUCCAGCGUCCGGAUUGGCAAGACAAGUGAACGCACCCCCGUUAACGGUAACACUUUUGUGGUCAGAAAUUUGCUGCGCCUAGUUUCCAGAGAUCUCGAAUGAGGCUGGCGUGUUGUGAAGCGUUUUUGCUGCGGCUGCUGUUGCCGACGCUGCGGUGCCGACAGGCGCGAAUUGUUUGAAUUGCAACAUCUCUAAUUUAUAAAUAAACGUAAGGCAUUUGGAGUUCAUUGUCGCUUAGACGUUUCACAACUAUGUAUUUCUUUCAAUCCCUUUACUUCUCCGGAGUUGAUCUAGGAAAUGCGGGUCGGGGACUUGCAACCAGAAAGAUUGAUUUACAUAAACAAAAAUUUAAUUUAAUCUAAUAAGUUUAAUUAAAUAUAAAACGUAUUUUACAAAUGUGACACUUAAGCUAACCACUUUGCAAAUUCAUUUUACAAUUGUCUCCAUAUGCUUACAAUGUUUUACUACUGUAUGUGAAUAAAUAUGCAAGUGUGCGGAAUGGA